UGUGUGAUUAUUUGUAGAUUCAAGAUGGAGUUGAUUGUAAAAUUUCAUGUGACCAGUUACACGCUGAGUGUUUUCAUGUGCAUGUAGACAUAUAAGUACAAGUGUGUGUAUUUGUGUGUGUUGGGGGCGGGUGUACUGGUGCAUGUCAGACAGAAAAGAGCCGCAGUUAUCUAGGAAUCUGAGCCAAAAGAGCCUCACAAACAGAAGAGAGCGUGCAGGAGAGCGAGAGGGAGGGAUAGAGAAGAUCAAAUAAAAGAGAAAAACAGCAGAGGAGACUCUGACCAGCACAUAGUGAGAAAGAUACAAUGUGUAGGACUUGAUAGACUGCAGAUGAUACUGAUCUGAACACAGGAGUGUGCCUAGAGAAAAUCCUAUUGAAGAUAAGUAGUAUAAAGUAGAUACCGGUAGAGUAGAGAGAGAAUAGACAGGGAACAGGUGCAUAAUAUUUCUUUGGACUCGUGUUACGGCCUGAGCAGCAUGUGUGUACGAGUUGUGCCCUUGCUUUUGCUAGGAGCGUACAUGAUGUGUGUCUGUGUGCUGUGUCAGAGGGACAUCCUGGUGGCCGGGCCACCCAACGGCAGAUGUGAAGGGAGCUGCAGUGCAACAGCAUCACCAACUAAAAUACAUCACCCUCACUCUCAGGACUCACAAAUAAGAAAGACUCCAGUGAACCGCAAAACUGCACAGGUGUCUGAUAUGUCUGAACGUCUCAUCCAGCUUCAGCGCUGUAUGCUGCAACAUGAUUCAGUGGUUGUGAGUCAGGAAGAAGGCUCAGACUCACUGCUAGGCUUUCUGGCUCUCAUGGCAGCGGUGCUGACAGAAUGUGACCUCCACUGCCAUAGUCAGAGACUCAGAGAGAUGGCCACCAGACUCGAAAGUUUGGUGGGCAAAAAUGGGGAGAAAGACUUGUUGCUGUUGGUGAAGAGUGUCACAGAUUCUAAACCUAAUGGCCUUAAACCAAGGACUUCUACAGCAGUGCCUCCCUCUGCAGGGCUUUACCCUCAAGACUGUCAUGAGAUCUACCAAUUAGGAAUCAAAGAGAAUGGAAUCUACACCAUACAACCAGAUCCAAAGCGGCCAGCGCUAGAGGCCGUGUGUGACAUGGUUUCAGCUGGUGGGGGAUGGACGGUGUUCCAGCGCCGGUUUGAUGGACAAACUGACUUUAACCGAACCUGGCAGGAGUACCGUGAUGGAUUCGGCUCCCUGCAGAGAGAGCACUGGUUAGGGAAUGCAGUUCUUUAUGCACUAACUGCAAGUGGGCAUCACAUGCUCCGCAUCACUCUCCAAGACUGGCACGACCAGACACGUCAUGCUAAUUAUAACAACUUUAAAGUGGCAGGAGAAAACCAGAGGUUCCGUUUAACUGUUCGAGAUUAUCAUGGAGAUGCUGGCAAUGCAUUCAGUUACAGCAAACAGUACAAUCACGAUGGCAGAGCUUUCAGUACAUAUGACCGGGAUCAUGAUCGAUACGCUGCUGGUAACUGUGCCCGUUAUUAUGGUGCAGGCUGGUGGUUUGAUUCCUGUUUGGCUGCUAACCUCAAUGGACGCUACUAUCACGGGCGUUACAGUGGCAUCACAGAUGGCAUCUACUGGGGCACCUGGUAUAUCCUGACUGACUAUCGCACAGGGGAACGAUACUCGUUCAAGAGUGUUGAGAUGAAAACUAGACCAAGGCGGAGCUAAGAAAAAUAUUGAUAUGUAAGCAUACUCUUGCACUACAUAUUUCAUUUAAAUAAUGGCUUGUAAUUACAUAACCUGCAUCUGCCAUUAUAUAGAAUUUGAGAUUUUUAGAUAAUAGUUUGAUAUGAGGACACAUUUAUAAACAUUUAUUUUUAAGAAAACUCUUUUACUCUGUGUAUAUUAUCGAUUUUCAUUUACAGUUGUUUUUUGAGACUCAAACUACUAUUCAAACACUUUUCAUGCUGCAAAUAAGUUUUUUUUUUUAAACAAGGUCUUUAUUCAAAGUAAAAAAAAAACUAUAUUUUAAAUGCAUGUUAUUGAUCUUGCUGUGAUCCAUUAUGUGCAUGUUUUUCUUAAUCUAGUCAUUCUUUAGUAUGGUUAAGUUUAUUAAACAACUCAAUAGAAUACUUCCCCCAAAUCCUUCUGUUGACAAAUCUAUAUAAAGUCCAAUAUUCUAUAUACUGUGCAAAUUUUAAACCUUCACUUUCGGCUCCUGAUCACCCCAUCAGUGUUUCUUCUGCGAAAAUGACUGGCUGACUGCAUUUUAUACUUGUAGCUAUAAUCAUUCAAAAUGGAGAAAGGUCAAAGUUCAACAGGUCUAAGGUGGCUCUUGUGGUUGUGCUGCACUUACAGUGAAAUAAAAUCCAAAAUUAUCCAUAGAAAGGUUCUCACUCAUCACCUGAAAUAAACAAAUAGGUUUCAUUUGGCUGAUCGAAGGCCUUGUUUUAUGCUCAGCUCAUAUGUUCCCAAACACCUUCUCUGUUCAGUCUCCAGGUGAACGGCUGCCAUACCAAAACUUUCCUGCCACUGACACAUUCCAAGCCAUAAAUCCUUAUCACAUCUUUGACUAUAAAGGAUAACAGUAAACUGUGGACGGAUUGGGUUUGGGGUGAAAAAAGCAAAGAGUUUAUUUUAAGCAACUGCGGUCAAAGUGUUGAGAUUUCAAUGCGAUGGCAUCGUAGCUUACAAAAUGUACACAAACAAACUCACAUCCACAUGGCAUGAAUAAGACGGACCUCUGAUCCCUGAUGCUUGAAAGACAGAAAGUCAGUGUGCUAUAGAGGGUGAACAGUGGGAGUGUGAAUCUGUUGAAUCUGCUCCUUUUAGCCAUAUUCACAAAGAGCUGCCGGUCUGUUCAACCCAUUCUCGUAUCUAUUAAUACUCUUUCUCCUAUGAUCUGCUGACUACCAACCAGAUAUGAUAUUUCACAUACACUCAAUAACAUACACAUUCAAGCACACAGUCAGGCCGCAGCACACUGCAGUUUAAAGACUGUUUUCAUCCAUAAAGUUGGAUGAGUUUUGUCAGGCCUGUGACUACACAACACAGAGAACAUGGGACAUCAGAAAGUUAUUCUGUCAGGGGUUUGGGGAUAUUUUUGCUCUUAACAGUCUGUCUGUAUCUUAUAAGUAGAAAUGUAACUUUAUUUUGACGUUUUUAAACUAUAUACAGACCUUGAGAAUUUGAUGCUCACCCACAAAUGUGGAUGGCAUUGGUACAGGCCUCUUAUUUGUGGAAAUUCAGUCCAUCAUAUGUCACCUGGUUAGUUUGGCUGGCUAAUGAAUCAAGUGGAUCAAAAUCAGAACAAAUAAAGUUACUCUCAAUGAAGGCUUCUCUGCUCUUCUCAUUUCCACCAUCAAGAUCACUAUGGUGAAGCAGAAGCCAGCUCGGCUGUUACCACAGUAUCCUGGCUGAGUGCCUGGCUGGUAUGAUAAGGAGAUAAAAGGAGUGAUGGGGAGAGAGAUAAAGGGAGAGGGAGAGGGAGAGGGGGAACUAACCGUCUGCAGGCAACCAGUCCGGAAACCCAAAGCGGGCAACAGUUACCCAGCACAUCCCCUUAAAGCUGAAAACACUCAUGCACGCAUACACUUACUCUCUUACCACACAUUUUUGCAUACUGCUCAAAGUAGAGAAAAGCUUCUGUGCAUUUGUCCUCAAGAAACUUUCAACAUCUAGACAUUUGUUUCAAAAGCAGACCUUUUUAAAGUUGAAAAGCCACUUAAUCUGAUGUAAUCAUUAUAUUGAAUUUUCAUCAUCUAAAUAAGAUGACAUAAAUCUGUAUUUGUCAUUACUCAUGCUAAUCAGGCAGGUUAAUUGGAAAACAGGGCCCGAAGUACUGAAGGAGGCUGCGUGUUGAGCAUGUUGUCUUGGUUCAAUCUAUGGUUCAGAAAGGCGAAAAUGACCAGAAGAUGGCAGCUUUGAGUUAAAAAUGACUGAAAAUCUGGUCACCAGCCCUUUGGUUAGAUUGAAGUAUGUUAAAGGUGCUCAGUGCCAUCUCAGUAGAUUCUUAAUAGAAUUUCAUUAUAACUAAACAUAAUGGGAACAAUUACUGCUAAUUAUCACCUAAUUCAAAUAUGAAUACAAAUAUAGCCUGAAAUCCAAGA